AGCAGUCACGGCACAGCAACAGCCCUUUAUCUGCAGUGAAGGUUAAAGAAGGUCCAGAAGGUACAGGGAGGAAAUACAAGCUAGGGUUUUGGGUUUAGAAGCAAAGCUUUAGUUUAAGAAAGAAAAUGGAGGGUGCAGAUGAAGGUGGGAUAGAGAGAGUUGUUGAUUCGAAGGACUUGCAGCAACAAAGCAAAGCUCUUGAUAAGCUCACUGAUCGUGUCGAAGAUCGCCAGCUUGAUUCCACUCGUGUUCAAGAGGCUAUGGCAUCCAUUGCUGCUUCUGCAGAAGCCGAUUGGAAUGCUAUGAGAAUGAGGGAGAAAGAAUUGGCUGCUGUUAAGAUCAAUGCUGCUGAUGUUGACAUAAUUGCCAAUGAACUAGAGUUGGACAAGAAGGUUGCAGAGAGAACCUUGAGGGAGCAUAAAGGUGAUGCUGUUGCUGCAAUUCAACAUCUUCUCCGCUAGAUUACUGUUGUGAUGAAUCAUCAUUGUGUUUCAAAUUUGUUGAGAAUGAUAGGGAAACUCUUGGAAUGUGAACAAGAAAGUUCAAUUAUCAUCCAGAGAAAACUUUUGCAACCUACACAACUAAACAUUCCUUUUUUUAUUUUAUAACAGCAACAGGUCGAAUAUUAUAGCCAUGCCGAUUGUAACUAUUAUAUUAUGGGGUGUUUAUGGUUGCUAUCC